AUGGCUUCAGUAAAAUCUCAAAUCAUUGAUUUAUUAGAAAGGAAACUUCUUUCCAUUCAUGCAUCAUCACCUAGUGAUAUGUAUGCUACAUAUGGACAAAAUGUAUUACUGGAACAAAUUCAAGAACGCAUACAACUCAACGAAUCGAUUGCCUUUCUUCUACCUGGAUUUCCAUUCAAAUCUCCUAAUCCAAAUAAGGUAUCUGGAAGAUUACCUGAUGGGGGUGACGUAUAUGCACUUGAAUAUCUUAACGAGUUUUGCCGAGAGGUCAGUUUUAUCUAUGAACACGGUUGUGAACUGCUAAUAUGGUCGGAUGGUCGAGUGUUCAAUGAUCUUAUUGGUGUUUCGAACGAAGAUUUGAUUACAUACGAAAAUCUUAUCAAGCAGUAUUCAGCAACAAUGACUCAUUUUAAAUGGGAUAACAUGGAUGCUCAUAUUGAAAGUCGAAAUGGUGAUGAUCUUGUCAAACAAUACGGAACAAGUUCAUUCAAUUUCGAGCAAUGGCUAAAAAUGUCACCGAACAAUCAAAAAGAGUUUAUUCACCUUAGAAGCUUCUUAGAAAAUGACCUGGGGCAAACAAGUUUGCGAAAAACUCUUUCACGGAAAAAAUUCAAACAGGCGAUGUCUUGGACAGCCGAACAAAUGAUUACCCGAAAUAAUGCACUGACAAACCUUUUGAAACAACACUAUCCAAAUCAUAUUCGUCUAUCUAUUCACCAACAUUCAAAUAAUGGAGAAAAAUUUACCAUUCAAUUUUUUGCGAAUCAUUCAAUCAAAUCAGAUACUUUUAGCCUUCGCACACCAUGGCACAAUGUUCUUGUAAUCAGCACAGAUGGCGCUCGGAAUCUGCUACCGCUUUUCAAAGUAAAGUUGCAAAGUGAGCAUGUUCCAUUGAUGUACAAAAAUCAAAUUUGGUGUUACGUUCAACUACCUCAAACAUCACUCGUUGAAUCAGUACCUAUGUUGAAAUUGUCCUUACUUGGUGACUCAACUCGUUUUGGCAUAGCGAUCGAUCUCGAUAAACAAAUUGAAGUAUUUCAAUUAGAUGUCACAUGGAUGAAGAUGUUACUAAAUACAUUUGGUGUUGUUGUUAUUCGACGAUGUAAAACAUCCCUUGAUAAGGAGAGCUACUCUCGCUUUUGCGAACAAUAUGGCCCACCCGUCGUUUGGAACUUUGGUUCAUUGCUUGUUUUAAAGCCUGUACUCACCCCUGAAAGCGGCCAUCAAUCUCGAGAGUCAAUGCCAUUACAUUUCGAUUUAUGCUAUCCGCCAGAAUAUUUACUCAAAACAGGUUUAUACGAAGAUUAUGUACCACAAUAUUUUAUGUUAUAUUGUGUCAAAGCUCCAGUCGAAAACGGUGGAGGUAAAACAAAUUUCGUUAAUGGACGCCUUCUACUAGAAUCAAUGGAUGAAAAAGAAAUACAACACUGGAAAACGACAAAUAUUUCCAGUUCAACACCAAAAUCGUACUUUGGUGGAAAAUCAUUUACAUAUCCUAUUGUAAUGUCGCAUCCAAGAACAAAUGAAAAUAUUUUGAGAUAUCUGGAAACAUCAACUACUACUUAUCAGCCAGUUGAAAAUAUACAUUCAAUCAAUGGUGAUUCGAAAGCUAUGGAAUCCUUCGAUGAAUUCAACAAGGAAAUGAAAGAAAAAAUGCGCGACCCGAAAUGGUAUUUGGAACAUACAUGGGCUGAUGAUGAUUUAGUUUUGAUUGAAAAUCAUCUCUUAUUACAUGGUCGAACGGCUAUCAGCGAAGAAACGGACCGUGAACUGUGGAGAAUACAAGUUUAUUAA